CGCGUUUGGCGAUGAUGGGCCAAACAACAUAAAAUGAAAUUCCCAGUGAUAGUCUCCUAAAUAUGUUUACUAAUCAUUCACGUGCGUGCUGCCGACAUCUUCAAACUAUGCAUUCAUAAGAGCAGUGCGCACAUUCAAAAUUCACCGUGUUACCAUUCAACUUCAUACGGAACACCAGCGGUUGACAGUUCAUCAUUCACCGCAAUCUUGAAACAACGUCCUGUUAAAGAUAUCUAACAAAAUGGCCAACAUGGAACUAUUAUUGGAUCCGUUAGCGUACAGGAUCAAAUUGAACCGACCGCAACCGGACCCGAAGCGAUUCGACCACGGAUGGCGGACGGACAUGCUGGCGAUACCGAAAUGGAACCGGGAGGAGCUGGCGAAGUUUUCGCUGUCGGCUAGUGAGCGUGCGCAGUACGAGCGGCUCAAGCGGGCGGCAAGAGAUAGCGAGGGUGAGCGCAAGAACAAACGCUUGCAUGCGAAAAUACUUGAUAUUAUUGAACAACACACUGAAGAUCUACGAUUGAUGCCUGUCAGAGUGUACACAUCCCAACGAAAACAAUGGAAAGAUUUAUUGGGCAAAAAGUUUGAGCACCGCAUGAAAAAAUUUGCAGAUGAAGCUCGUCAUACUAUUUACCAUGAGUAUGCGAUAGCACGUCAAAAACUAAAGAAAGAGGGUAAAGGUGCACGUAAGUCAAAGACUUCAGUUAAGGGUAAAAGACGUAGCGGAAAAGGUAAACGUAAGAAGAGAAACAACGCGGAAAUUCUAGCAGCCGCGUUAGGAAAUGUUUCCAAAAUGGCUACGCCUAAAAAACCGCCACCUCCAGCUAAAAUUAGCAGAGGAAAAAUUGGCGAAAUGAAACCGGAAACAAUCAACCGCCUGAAAAUCCCUAAACAUUUCACCCCGAAAUACGUGGAUGAUUCAAUGCAUGCCUGGAGGAAUGCCCACUUUGUCAGCCUGCAUGCGUUGACAUAUACUCCGACGCCGCGCAUCUACGAGCUGGCUGUGCAUAAGUAUUCAGUGGUUGAACCGCCCUUACAAGUGGGAGCGGUUGAUCCUGAAGCACUAACUGCUAAAGCUUCUCCUAGAAUAAUAGAAUUGGCCAUACCAAAAGCGCGCAGCGCUGUUCAAGAGGCGGAUUACAACGAAGAUGCGUUUAAGGUGUCGCCCAACGCGCUGCAUUAUAAGGCGACUGAGCGCAUCAUUGAACUGGCCAAGCCGCUUGAGCGUGAUUAACAUUUGCGUGAUCGAUUUGCAAAGUUGUGUCUGUGUAAGGCAGUAGCGCGCUUUUUUUCGGUUGCUUAUUUUUCCGCGCACGGAUAGUUGCUGCUUAACUCUGUCGUGACAUUGCCCGGAUCGGACAUUAGAUGUUAAUCAUACCUUAUACUAAUCAUAUUUACUGAUCAUUUACUGAUAAUUUACUAAUCAUACGCUAAUCUUACUAUAUAGAUAUAUAUAUUUAGAUAAGUGUAUAGAUUAUAGGCAUAGAUUUAUAUUGUAUAGGUUAAUUGGAUUUUCGAUUAAACGUUUUAUGUUGUUUUAAACUUAAA